UGCAUGAUGUAUGAUGCAUCAGCUGAGAUGUAAGAUGGCGAAUCUCUUCUAUCUACACUGUUUUCCGAGAGAUAGCUGGCAUUGCAUUUUCGACGAUGGCUAUAAAUCUGGUCCAGGACAGUAUGCCAGGCUCGAUAUCCCAUGCCGUUGUUGAACUUCGGUGUUCCUGUCAAGUCGCUCGAUCACCUCUGUAUAUAUCUUGAAUCUUACUAUUUGCACAACAUGCGUUCCACCGGUGUCGACGGCGAGCCAUCCAAGGUCCCGCCCAACUUGGCCGUGAUCAAAAGCAUCAAUCCCAACUACACCGGCUUUGACUACAUCUCCUGGUAUCUGGGCAAUGCCCGUCAAGCUGCCACCUACUUCGUUGCCCACUUCGGCUUCCGGGUUAUCGCAUACAGCGGACCAGAAACCGGAUCGCACCUGACAACCUCCUAUGUCGUUGCCAACGGGAACGCUCGCUUCAUGCUGACUGCCCCAAUAACUGGGCCCCAGAACAUCCCCUCCGACAAGGACGUGUCCGAAAAAGAUCGCAGUCUGUUGACUGAGAUCCAAGCACACUUGAUCAAACACGGCGACGGAGUUAAGGAUAUUGCCUUCCAGGUCGACGACGUCAGAGGCGUGUGGGAGCAUGCUAUCCAAAACGGGGCAACUUCGAUCCAGAAGCCAACUAUACUUAGCGAUGAGAAGGACGGGGAAGUACUCUGUGCAACAAUCAAGACGUAUGGAGAUACAGCUCAUACUCUGAUCAAUCGGUCGAAUUAUCGAGGAGUCUUCCUUCCUGGCUUCCGUUCUGUUAAUGAUAUGAAUGCUCUAAAUGAGCUGCUGCCCAAGGUGGAUUUGAUCGAAAUUGAUCAUUGCGUCGGGAACCAGCCUUGGGAUGGUCUUGACGGGAUUGUUAAAUAUUACGAGGAUGCUCUGAACUUCCACCGCUAUUGGUCUGUGGACGACAAAGAUAUGUGUUCGGACUAUUCGGCCAUGCGAUCAGUCGUUGUGGCAUCUCCGAAUAAUGUGAUCAAAAUGCCGAUGAACGAGCCAGCCACUGGUCUGAAGAAAUCUCAGAUCGAAGAAUUCGUGGACUACUACGGAGGGGCAGGCUGCCAGCACAUCGCUUUCCGAACCAACAAUAUCAUUGAAGCCGUGGAAAGCCUUAAAAAGCGCGGCGUUAGCUUUCUUUCAGUCCCUAGCAACUACUAUGUCAAGAUGCGUGAGAAGCUAGCUAUGAAGAACGUCAAUAUUGCCGAAGACAUUACCCUGUUACAGAAAUACAACAUUCUUAUCGACUUCGACGAGGGGGGAUAUCUUUUGCAGAUUUUCACGAAGCACGUGGGUGACCGUCCUACAGUCUUCAUGGAAAUCAUUCAGAGGGAGAACUUUGAUGGGUUUGGGGCUGGGAAUUUCAAGAGUCUGUUUGAAGCUUUUGAGAGGGAGCAGGCGUUGCGCGGGAACCUUUGAGGUUUUUGAAGCACCCAGAUGCUUUUGACGACGUAUAUCUUCAGAGCAGAUAGCAUGAUUUUUUUGGUCAGAUUUAUAUAUGAGAUUAUGUAUCAGAUAUCGCAGAUGUCGCAGAUAAGACACAU